AGCACUCAGAAGCCAUAACGGUCCUUUUUGAAAUGUUCUUAUGCUUGAUAGGUAAGGUUCGAAUAAAUAAAAUCAUUUGUUACAAAAAAAAUAAAAUAAAAGUAUGACCUCUGGCAUGCUAUCUACAGUCACUCUCUUGUCUCUAGUCUGUCUAUAAAUAUAGAGGUAGAGAGGCUGCUCUUAGCCAGCAAAAUCAAACAUGGCAAUUCAAAGCUAUUGUCUGUUGAGCUUUCUGCUGCUUGUUCUUGGCCUAGUAGAAAGUAGUGCUAGUACACAUGCAGCUUUUCCACCCAAUUACGACCCUGUUCCACUUAACCGGAGCAGUUUUCCGGCAGGUUUUCUUUUCGGGACAGCAUCAGCAGCUUACCAGGAUCACAGUACUGGAGAUGUGGCUAACGAUGCAUAUCAUCGAUACAAGGAAGAUGUUGGCAUUAUGACAGAGAUGGGCUUAGAUGCGUACAGGUUUUCGAUCUCAUGGUCUAGAAUAUUGCCAAAGGGGAAGGUAGAAAGAGGUGUAAAUAGAGAUGGAAUCAACUACUACAACAACCUUAUAAAUGAGCUUCUGGCCAAUGGCAUUCAGCCCUUUAUUACUCUCUUCCACUGGGAUCUUCCCCAAGCUCUGGAAGAUGAAUAUGGUGGUUUUCUUAGUCCUAAGAUUGUAGAUGAUUUUCGAAACUAUGUGGAGAUAUGCUUCAAGAAUUUCGGAGACAGAGUAAAACACUGGAACACAUUGAAUGAACCAUGGAGCUAUAGUAUGGGUGGUUAUGCAAUGGGAACGCUUGCACCAGGUCGCUGUUUGGACUGGCAGCAAAUAAACUGUACAGGUGGUGAUUCAGGAACCGAGCCAUAUGUCGUAGCUCACAACCAGCUUCUUGCUCAUGCAGCUGCCGUAAAAUUGUACAGGACAAAGUAUCAGGCGAAGCAGAAGGGAGUGAUAGGGAUUACAUUAGUGUCGCAUUGGUUCGUGCCCUGCACAAAUGCCAAGCAUCACCAGAAUGCUGCAAAACGAGCAGUGGAUUUCAUGUUCGGAUGGUUUAUGGACCCAGUGACAAAUGGUGAUUAUCCACACACACUGCGUUCACUUGUUGGGAACCGAUUACCCAAAUUUUCAGAGGAGCAAUCUGAAAUGCUAAAAGGGUCAAUUGAUUUUCUUGGGUUGAACUAUUAUACUGCUAAUUAUGCAGCAUAUGCACAUUACUCUAGUGCUGGUAAACCUAGUAUCUUAACAGAUGCCCGUGCUACUCUUUCAACUGAGCGAAAUGGAAUUCUUAUUGGUCCUAAGGCAGCUUCAGAUUGGCUCUAUGUUUAUCCCAGAGGCUUUCGAGAUGUUUUGCUAUACACCAAAAAGAAAUACAAUAACCCACUUAUUUACAUCACUGAGAAUGGUAUUGAUGAGUUCAAUAAUGCUACACUACCACUCAAGGAACAACUGGUUGACAAUAUGAGGAUCGAUUACUACUACCGCCAUCUUUCUUUCCUUAAAAGAGCAAUCGAGGAUGGGGCCAACGUGAAAGGGUACUUUGCAUGGUCGUUGUUGGAUAACUUUGAAUGGAGUUCAGGUUACACUGUACGCUUCGGUAUCAACUAUGUUGAUUAUAAAAAUGGAAUGAAGAGAUAUCCCAAACUUUCAGCCCGCUGGUUCAAGAAAUUUCUCAAGAAAUAGACAUUUGUGAAGCGCACUGUUAGUCAGUUAUGAAAUAUUAUCUGCAGACAAUCAUAAAUAAAAUGUAGGAUGGAUGUUCUUCGAGUGAAUAAAGUAGCAGUUACAUGGAGGAAUAAAAUGACUACAUUAAUUAA